AUGACUUCUGCGAUGCGCGAACUCCUCCACAGCCUUCCACCCGAGUUGCGAAAUGAGAUAUAUAACUACCUGUCUGCUCCUGACGCUAAGACUCCCCCUCUCACUUUUGGCCUUCCACUCAAGCUCAAGACGUUCGAAUGCAAGCACACCACAAUCCAAAUAUGCCCAGUGCACUAUGGCUCCACCGGGCUCUUAUCUCUCCAGCCGUACCGAUUUCAAGAAGCUAGCGAAUACAACUCCUGGCUGCUCAACAACGCAAUAGAGCUCAAGAUUGGAGUCGCUUUCAAGGGCCGAGUCAACAACUUCGUACAGCAAGACUGGGACAAAAAAUUGGAGUCACAUCUUCGCAAGUUAGCAAAGCAGUAUCCAUGGCUGAAGAAGGUAGCCAGAUAUGAUGUGCAGGUCCUUUGGAAUCCGAUCGAUGGUGUUUUGAAGAGCAGGAAGAGCAGGAGAACAGCUGGGCAGAUCGUGAGGAACAUGACGGCAACGCUCACGUCACUUCCACAUCGAGACGAAAAGACAAAAAGAGGAGAACUGAAGCUGAAGCUAUGUCUCGAUCAUAGCUUCGCAACGUGGAGUGUAACUUCAGCGACGAUGUUUGGCUUCGAGCACGUCCUUUCGCCGCCUGCAGAUACCUUGGCAGACUUCAAGCGACAGACACGAGAAGUGUGGAAGGAAGCGAAGAAGCCAGCGGAAAUGAAGACGAGAUCCCGCCUCCUACUGAUCCCGUCUGCAAAGCCAGAGCAAAGAGGUGUGAUUGAAGCCGGCCGAGAUCUUGUGAAGUGGACGGUGGGCACCGAAGGCGUUUUGCUGAUGAAGAAGCACUUGUUGAAUGGGAGAGUGAUUCGAUAUGAAGCUGGAUUUGAGGAGGAGAAGGGUUCGCCUGUAGAUCAUGUCGCAUUGUCGUUGUUGGGAGAGUGCUUGAGCUACCGGUGA